AUGACUAACGCGGCGCCACCUAUAAACCCACCAACUUGGAAUAACGAGGAUACAAGAUUAAGUUAUGGAAGUGCGGCAGCGAUACCAUGUGACGACGAUUUCAAUGAUGAUUUGGUCGCUCAAUUCAUGAACCCUAACAAUGAUGCAGGUCCAUCUACGCAGACCCAUAACGCUGAGGUUGAUCGUAGAAGGUCCACCAGAAAUGUACAAGCUCCUGCCUGUAGAACCCACCAACGCUUACGUCGACCGAGCCAAAAUUAA